CAUAAUGAAAAUUUUGUCAAUUGUCAAACUUCAACUACAUCAUCACCAUCAACGAUAACAUCAAAAACAACAACAACAAAAUAUAAUAAUUAUGGCGGAUAUCAAAAAAACAAUGGCUAUGGUUAUAGUAAUGGUGGUGGUGGCGGUCAUCAUGGAGGAUAUUAUCAAGAGGCUAGCCCAAAUGGUGGUGGUCUUGGUGGUUUGAUUGAUGUGGAUGUACAUAGAUUAAGCAAUGGUGGUAAACAUGUUGGCGUUCAUGUUCCAAUUUUCUACACAAUGGAUUUGGAUAAAGAUCCAUAUCGAAAAAAUCUUGGUCUAAGUAUUUUGGAUGGCCUAAUCAAAGUACGUGUCAAUAAUGAUCCACAUAAAUAUCAAAAACCAUAUGGACAAUAUUCAUCGUAUGGAGGAUAUUCAUCAUAUGAACCGUAUUCAUCGUAUGGACGGCCAUCAUUACAAUCAUUAUUGUUGGGUAAAGGAAAAAUUAAAGAAACUGAACUAUAUGAAUUACUUGCACAACAAUUAUUAUAUUGAUGACAAUUUUUGAAAUCAAUAAUUUUCGAUUACUUUGAUUAAGUUUUUUCCCCACUGAUUAAUUGAUUGUUUUGCCUCAUUAGAU